UGUGGCGUCUUAUUUCACGUUUUUGAUAUCGCAGCCAUUUCGUGUUGUAUUACGGCGACGUUACUUUUUAGUCCUAAAGUUUAAGUUUUUCUGAUUUUUGUCUCCAAUAUUUAUAAUAAACUACAAUGAGUGAUCGUGAGGGAAGUCGAUCUCCUGGCCAUAAAACAAAGAAUGACCACUCACCACACGCGAGGCGGGAAGAUUCACCAAGAAACCACAAGGGUAAAAGUUAUUCAAGGAGUCCAAGCAGAAGCAGAAAAAUUUCUUAUAGAGAUGGUGAUCGUGACAGAGAAAGGCGCAGAGACAGGGAAGAUCGGGAAGAUAGAGAUAGAGUAUACAGGUCGCGGAGUCGAUCACGCUCAGACAGACGUUACAAGUCCUCGAGAUAUUCGCGAAGUCAUUCGCGAUCUCCGGGAUACGGCCGACGGUCACACUCACAUAGCCCUAUGUCUAGUCGCAGGCGUCACAUGGGAACACGCGACAAUCCUAAGCCCUCUAGAUGUCUUGGAGUUUUUGGACUAAGCGUUUAUACUACUGAAGAUGAACUGUAUCACAUUAUGUCAAAAUACGGACCAGUUGAGAGAGUACAAGUUGUAAUCGAUGCUAAGACUGGCCGCUCCAGAGGAUUUUCAUUUGUAUAUUUUGAAAGUACCGAAGAUGCUAAAGUAGCUAAAGAACAGUGUUCAGGAAUGAAGAUAAAUGGUAAAAAUAUUAGAGUUGAUUAUUCAAUAACGGAAAGGGCACACACACCAACACCAGGCAUAUAUAUGGGAAAACCUACAUACAAAUACAGUGACCGCUAUGAUAGGCGAAGGGACAGAGAUGAUUAUUAUGGCAGAGGUUCCAGAUACAGCCACCGUCGAUCUCCUUCGCCAUAUUAUAGAAGGCGCCGCUAUGAUAGAUCAAGAUCUCGCAGUUACUCGCCCCGUCGUUAUUAAACUCCGUGGAGGUACUACGUAUUUAAAAAGGACGCAUUGUUUAGAUGUAAUAAUUUUGUAGAGGGUUUAUUCCAUUUUAUGUACAAAUUACAUACUGGAGAUACAUAUUGAAUACUGAAAUAAUUAUUUCUCCUCACAUUGGCAUAAACUCUCUCUAAUUUUAUAUUGUUUGAUUCGCGUUAAUUUUUUUUCCUGUUUAUCAAAAAGUAUGGCAAGAUCGUGCCAUUUAUUGUAAAUUUAACUAAACCAAAAAAAAAAAAUCGAGAAAUUUGAAGUUCAUUAUUAAUGGAAUGUGUUAGGUUUUAUUUUUUUUAAUUUAUGAAUGUGACAUUUAGAUAGUACCUAAUAAAUACAUAAUUCCUAGACUAA